AUGGAUGCGCAAGCGAGGAAAAAGGCAUUUUUUCGUGCUAAAUUGAACGCACAGAAGAAGGACAAACGCAUAGAUUCUCCUCUUGUAAGGUACAAUGAACUUGACCAGCCUGUCUGUAGGGUUUGUGAUGUUGUUUUGAAAUCUGAAUCCAAUUGGGAUGCACACCAAGUUUCUCGUAAACACCAUGAGGCAAUAAAUAGUAUCAAAGCUGGUGCAGCUGGACUAACCCAGGUUAACAAUGUGAAACCUGGGCCCCAAAAGAAGUUGUCUCAACCUAAACCUGAACAUUCUGCAGACUUGCAUAGCACUAAACCUGAGCACUCAACAGAAUUACUCAAACGUCAGUCAUCAGCUGUGCUUCCUCCAGAUUUUUUUGAUGACAAUGAGACCAAAAAGCUAAAAAUUGGAAAUGACCCUGUCAAUUCAGUGGAGCCUGCUCAACCAGAGGAGAGGGGUUCUUUAAAUGUUGUUAGUGGAAUAGAUCGAUUGCCUAGUGGUAAUGUUCCACAGGUAAUAAAUAUGCAGUCUGCUGGGGAGCUUAAUCCGGCAUCAGUAGAGAUUGCUGGUUCAGAAAACAAGCAAGUGAAGGGAGCUCUACCUGAAGGAUUCUUUGAUAACAAGGAAGCUGACUUACGUGCACGUGGCAUAAAGCCAGUUAAGCCAGAUAUCAAAGACGAGUACAAGGAAUUUGAAAAGUUGAUCCAGGAGGACUUGGUGGAGGUGGAUGACCGUUUGGAAGAAGAGGAGAUUGAUGCUGCUGAAACGAUUGAAGAGGCUGAAUCCGUUGAGCAGAAGUCCUAUAAGGAGAAAGUGGAAAUGUUGAGGAAGAAGAAAUUGGAAUUGCAGGCUGUUAGGUCUUCCAAACAUGGUAGACCUUCUGAGGUUGUCAGCAAGGAGUCCAGCCAUGAAGAAUCAUCCAGUGAUGAUGACAGCAAUGAGAAUUUUGCAGUUGACUGGAGAGCUCAACACUUGUGAACAUUCUUUCCAAAUCUUUUUGGUAUCCCCGGGAGAAUCAUCGUCAAAUGUUCAAAAUCAGUAAAUGUGAUGUCAUCUGAACCGAACUGGAAUCCACCAUAUCAGUCUUUUAUUAAGAUUUUAAAGCAGAGCGCUAAAAGAUGAGUGAUGCUGGGUGCAUCUAGAGAAACUUUUACUGAUCCAACUUCUUUGGUUAGCCCUAAGGUAAAGGAACUAGCAGCCCAAAGAUGCAUCAUCUAAGCCUGGAGCAGCACAUGCAUUUCAGAAAAUAAAAUCAUUACUUUCUAAAUAUAUUUUAGGGCCUUACAACUAUGAGUUUAUAGAAAUGUUUCGGUUUUGAGUCAAAAGUAUCAACUAUCAACGUUGUACAUAUUCCUUGAAACAGUGCAUGGUGAAACGUUAUUAAUAAACUUUGUUUUUAUCUUUUGGGGACAUGAA